AUGAUUGAGUGCUUGGAGAAGGUGUUGAAGAGUAUGGUGUCUGUGAAAGUCAGGGCGUAUGUGAAGGACUACUGCAAGAGGAACGGCCUGCUGACACUGUCCGUCAUUGCUGUGGUGACGGGGUGUGUGCUCGGAUUUCUCCUCCGGUCGCUCAAUCUGUCCACACAGGCUAAGAUCUACUUCUCCUUCCCUGGAGAACUGCUGAUGAGGAUGUUAAAGAUGUUGAUUCUGCCGCUCAUCACCUCCAGUCUUAUGUCCGGCCUGUCAGCCAUGGACACGAGGGCAAGCGGUCGACUGGGAGUCCUGACCAUCACCUACUACCUGUGGACGACCUUCAUUGCUGUCAUCGUCGGCAUCGUGCUGGUGCUCAUCAUCCACCCGGGGACAGGCUCGGAGAAAGACGGCCACCAUGCAAGUUCAGGGCCUGUCAUGACCUCCGCUGAUGCUCUGCUGGACCUCAUCAGGAACAUGAUCCCAUCAAAUCUAAUUGAAGCAACUUUUCAGCAGUACCGAACGGACCUGGUUCCUAUCGUGCAGAGCGCUGAUGUCAAAGAGUCUCAGGCAAACUAUGUGUAUGUCAUGCCCGACUACCACAACCCUCAGCUGGGCCACCCGGUCUUCCUGGAGAUCACCCCUGCUCCUGACAUCAAGUAUAAAAUCGUCCCCAGUACCAGCAAGGGCAUGAACGUACUGGGGAUUGUCAUCUUCUCGGCCACCAUGGGUCUGCUGCUGGGGAAGAUGGGAGAGCGUGGAGCUCCCCUGGUCAACGUGUGCCAGUGCAUCAACGAGUGUGUCAUGAAGAUCAUUAACGCUGCCAUGUGGUACUUCCCCUUCGGCAUCGUUUUCCUCGUGGCAGGGAAGAUCCUGGACAUGCACGACCCGGCCCACCUGGGAGAGAAGCUGGGCAUGUACUUCAUCACGGUGCUGUCCGGUUUGUUUGUACACGGCCUCAUCCUGCUGCCCCUCUUCUUCUUCUUCUUCACUCGCAAAAAUCCCUUCCCUUAUAUCAGAGGGCUGCUGCAGGCCCUUGUCAUCGCGCUGGCCACGUCAUCCAGCUCAGCCACGUUGCCAAUCACCAUGAAGUGUCUCCUGGAGAACUGCGGAGUGGACAGGCAGAUCGCUCGCUUCGUGCUGCCAGUGGGAGCCACCAUCAACAUGGAUGGCACAGCCCUGUACGAGGCGGUGGCGGCCAUCUUUAUCGCUCAGGUCAAUGAGUAUGACUUGGACUUCGGGCAGCUCGUCACUAUCAGCAUAACGGCGACGGCAGCCAGCAUCGGGGCAGCUGGGAUACCUCAAGCGGGCCUGGUUACCAUGGUGAUUGUCCUGACCUCUGUGGGGUUACCGCCUGCUGACAUCUCACUGAUUGUGGCCAUCGAUUGGGUCCUUGAUCGGUUCCGGACGAUGAUCAAUGUUCUCGGUGAUGCCUUCGCUGCUGGGAUUAUGGCUCAUUUGUGCAAGAAGGACUUUGAGAGAGCGCCCACUCCUGCUGCAAGUACUGCUGCUGCCAGUAACGGAGGUGGCCCCCAAAGGAGAGACACGGUAAUCUCCUUUGGUAAUCAAAGCGUGGCGUUGUCUGACGCACCUCUCAUCGCACACCGCUGCGAUUACGUGUUUGAGGUGGACGGAGACAACGUGCUGGAGAGACCUGUGGCCUGCUACAACCUCUGCCAAGUGUGA